UUUCUCCACUUACAAUUUCCUUUCCUGCACUGGUUUUUUUGGGAGAAUUUCAACAACUGGGGUGUUUGUUUCCUAGGAAAAUUUUGAAUCCUUACCAAAUUUAUGAAGUUUUUGAGUGAAUUUUGGUUCUUUGUCGCUAAAAUCUUGAAUGUCACAUGCAUAAGAAACGUGUAAUGAUUGUCAUUUAUUAGAUUGGAUAGAAGGAAGGAGGGGAGAAGAAGACAGGAAUUGAAACCACGCGACCAAAUCAUCCUUAGAAAAUCAAAAACAUUGAUCUCAGGAAACUUUACGAAAAUCCAAAAGGAUUGUUUUUUUCUUUUUCUUUUUCUUUUUUCUUGGGAGCUUACUUUUCAAUUUCAGCAGUCUCCACAGCCAAGCCAUUUCCCAAUGUGAUGCAUUUUCUGAACUCUCUUUUUCUCAUUUGCAAACCAAAAUCACAGCCCUCCCUCAGAUUUUCCCUGCCUUCUUCUUCCUUAAAUACCCCUCUUCCCUCCAUUUCUUCCCCAUCCACAUCUCUCUCCUGCUCUCUCUCUCUCUCUUCUGAGUUCUCUUCUCUCUUCAGCAGCAAUGGCCGAUGUUUCCUCUGUCAAUUUGGUUAACAAUGGAAAUGAGCUCAUUGAGAAGGGCCAUUCCCUAAAUGGGUAUCGAAAGAGCUGCUGGUACGAGGAAGAGAUUGAGGAGAAUUUAAGAUGGUCAUUUGCUCUAAAUAGCAUACUGCAUACUGGAGCUUCUCAGUACCAAGACAUUGCUCUACUCGACACGAAGCCGUUCGGGAAGGCGCUCGUCAUCGAUGGAAAGCUUCAAAGUGCAGAAACUGAUGAAUUCAUUUACCAUGAAUGCCUUGUUCACCCUGCACUUCUCCAUCAUCCCAAUCCAAAGACCAUCUUUAUCAUGGGAGGAGGUGAAGGCUCCACAGCAAGAGAGCUACUGAGACACAAGACUGUGGAGAAAGUUGUCAUGUGCGACAUUGACGAGGAGGUGGUCGACUUCUGCAAGUCGUAUCUGAUAGUAAACAAAGAAGCUUUCUGCGAUCCAAGACUUGAACUUGUCAUCAACGAUGCCAGAGCGGAGCUCGAGAGUCGAGAAGAGCAAUACGACGUGAUUGUGGGCGACCUUGCAGACCCAAUAGAGGGAGGUCCUUGUUACAAACUCUACACCAAAUCCUUCUAUGAGUAUACUGUGAAGCCUAGAUUGAAACAAGAUGGCAUAUUCAUCACUCAGGCUGGUCCAGCUGGAAUCUUCAGCCAUACAGAAGUGUUUUCUUGCAUCUACAAUACUCUAAAGCAAGUUUUCAAAUAUGUGGUGCCUUAUUCUGCCCAUAUUCCUUCCUUUGCUGAUACUUGGGGUUGGGUUAUGGCUUCAAACACCCCUUUUGUCCUGAAUGCUGAUGAUUUGGACCAGAGAAUCAAACAAAGAAUCAAAGGGGAGAACAAGUACUUUGAUGGAAAAACAUUCUCAUCUGCAUCCACAUUGAGCAAAGCUGUUCGAAAGUCGCUCGACACCGAGACUCACGUGUACACGGAAGGAACAGCGAGGUUCAUAUAUGGAUAUGGAGCUGCAGCCUGCAAGCUCAACCAAGUUUGAUAGCUUUUCAAGAGAGGAAAAGAGAAGAAUAGAGAGUCCCUAAAUAAGAGAAUAUAGAAAUCCAUCAUGUCAGCCUAGAAAUGAAAGAAGAUCUCCUCUAGGCUUUCUUUUUUUUUUUUUUUCCUUUGUGUAUUGUUUUUUCUUUUUGGUUUCUUACUGUUUGUGUAGUGACUUAAAAGUUACAAAUAUAAUAGUAAUGAAAAAAGGGGCUUUUGGCUUAUAUGCUUCAA